AUGGCGCAAGGAGAUUCCGACAGGGUGCAGCAAGCCCAGAAGCUUAUCAAGGAGAAGAACCCCAGACAAGCCGAGCAGCUCCUCAAAGAAAUCAUCUCCCAAUCGCCAUCGGUGAACUCGGAGGCUGCUGUUAGGGACUACGAGACGGCGUUGAUUGCCUUGGGAGAGCUUUACAGGGAUGAAAAGAACACACAAGAGCUCGUUGAGCUCGUCAAGACGAGUCGAUCGGUUCUAUCUUCAUUCGCAAAGGCCAAGACGGCGAAGCUAGUGAAACAACUUCUCGACUUCUUCCACGACAUCCCCAACUCCAACGAGACCCAAAUCGCCGUCACCAAAUCCUGCAUAGAAUGGGCCACAAAGGAACGCCGCAGCUUCCUCCGCCAAAACCUCGAGACCCGCCUCGUAACCCUCUACAUGGCCAAGCAAUCCUACUACGACGCCCUCACCCUCAUCAACAGCCUCCUCCGCGAGCUCAAGCGCCUCGACGACAAGCUCGUUCUCGUCGAGGUCCAGCUCCUCGAGUCCCGCGUCUACCACGCCCUCGGCAACAUCCCCAAAGCCCGCGCCGCCCUCACCAGCGCCCGCACCAGCGCCGCCUCCGUCUACACGCCCCCUCGCCUCCAGGCCGAUCUCGACAUGCAGAGCGGCAUGCUCCACGCCGAGGAUAGGGACUUCAACACGGCCUUUUCGUACUUUAUCGAGGCCCUUGAUGGAUACCAUAGCCAGGACGAGCCCACUAAGGCGACGGCUGCGCUGCAGUAUAUGCUCCUAUGCAAGAUUAUGCUCAACCUCGCCGAGGACGUCAACACGCUCCUUCAGUCGAAGCAGGCGCUUAAGUACGCCGGCCAGAACCUCGAGGCCAUGAAGGCCAUCGCUAGGGCCCACUCGAACCGCUCCCUCGAGGAGUACGAGCGUGCUUUGGCCGCGUACCGUUACGAACUUGGCAGCGACGCCUUCAUCCGCAACCAUCUCCGCCGCCUCUACGAUGCCAUGCUCGAGCAGAACCUCAUCAAGGUCAUCGAACCUUUCUCUCGCGUCGAGAUUGACCACGUCGCCAAGAUUGUCGGCUUGGAUACCCAGCAGGUCGAGAGGAAGCUUUCCCAGAUGAUCCUUGACAAGGUCAUCAUCGGUGUGCUUGAUCAGGGUGCUGGCUGCCUCAUCAUCUUUGAUGAGACGCAUAGGGAUGAGAGCUAUGAUGCUGCUCUUGCUACUAUUGAUAAGCUUAGCAAUGUCGUUGAUGGGUUGUACAUAAACCAGGCGUCUCUGUUGGAGUAA